AUGUUUUUUAUUGGUUACGGCAGAGAAAAAGCUACUUACAUGUGGGAGAGUUGUGGUUGGUUCCCAAAUUACGCAAUUAAGGUACUUGUGGAAAGGUCUCUCAUCGUGAUAGAUGAGGAGGAUAAAGAGCUUUUGAUGCACGAUCAAAUACGAGACAUGGGGAGAGCCAUAGUUGAGGAAGAAAGCUCUUGCAAGCCUGAGAAGCAGAGCAGACUAUGGAAUUCUCAGGACUCGUGGAGUUUACUGCAAAGAAAGGUGCCAGUGACUAUUGAUGCUGAAGGGAUGGACUUGAUGCCUGAUGAAACAAAGCCCAAGGAUAAAUGUGUUAGUGCCCAAUGCUUUGAAGAAAUGCCCAACAUGAGAUAUUUUUGUGCUUGGUGUGUAAACUUCCAAGGUACAUUCCAAAGAUUUCCUGCAGAUUUAAAAUGGUUGUAUUUGUGGAAAUGUCACUUUGACUCUCCACCUUCUGAUUUUAAUCUCGAGGAAAUUGCCGUCUUUUCCCUAUAUCACACCAACAUGGCCCAAAUUCUUAUAAACCAAUUGUCACCGAGAGGAAAGGCCUUUGAAAAAUUGAAAGUUCUCUCGAUUGAUGGCGCAGAAAUAAAGGUUACCCCUGAUUUCAUGUGUCUCCCUUGCCUAGUGGAAUUGACACUCAAAGACUGCCCAGUGUUAACUACAAUAGAUGAAUCAAUCGGGAAACUCGAGAGAUUGGCUUGCUUAAGCAUAACUGCAUGUCCAACUCUGGAGAAACUACCAGACUCCAUUUGCAGACUGAGUUCACUUAAAGAACUUCGUAUAACUUCUUGUUCUAAAAUUUCCUCUUUGCCAGAACGAUUAGGGGAUUUGGAGUCACUUAUGAAGCUUGAGAUUGAGAAGGCAAGUAUCAAGACUAUUCCUGACUCAGUUGGAGGGCUCACAAAACUUUGUGAAUUGAUUGUGGUUGAUUGCGUACACUUGAAUGUGCUGCCUGAUUCUAUUUGCUGGUUAAGUUCUCUUAAGGUCCUUAGCCUUGACCUUGGUGGUUUGGGUUCUUUGCCUGAGCGAUUGGGGGACAUGGGAUCACUUAGUGAGUUUGAUCUUUGUGGAACGCAUAUAGACAAGAUACCUGAUUCAAUAGGUGAACUUAAAAACUUGCGUAAGCUACUUCUAAGUCGGUGUGCUAGACUCUCAAGAUUGCCUGAUUCCAUCUGCCUGUUGAGUUCUCUUGAAAUCCUUGACCUUGAAGAUUGUCUUUCUUUAGCUUCUUUGCCAGAGAGGUUGGGAGACAUGGGAGCACUUAGGAAGCUUAAACUUAGUAGCACAAGUAUAGACAAGAUACCUGAUUCAAUAAGUCAUCUUACAAACCUGCGUGAGCUACUUCUCCUCAAAUGCAGACUAUCAGAUUUACCUGAUUCCAUUUGCAGGUUAAAUUCUCUUGAAAUGCUUGACUUGAAAAGAUGUAGAGUGCUCUUUUCUGUGUCAGAACGAAUAGGGGACAUGGAAGCAUUGAAGAAGCUUGACCUUUCGUGGACAUUGAUUCAUACUAUACCUGAUUCUAUUGGGCUGCUUACCAACCUUCGUGAGCUAUCUUUGGAAGGUUCACAACUCUUGAGAGAGCUACCGGAUUCCAUUUGCCAGCUAAGUUUGCUGAAGUCGCUCAGCCUUGAAGGGUGCUAUGGUUUGUACACUUUGCCAGAAAGAUUAGGAGACAUGGAGAAACUGGAGGAGCUUAUUCUUGACAAUACCAGAAUAGAGAUCAUACCUGAUUCAGUUGGACAGCUUAAAAACCUUCGCCUGCUAUCUUUGCAAGGUUGCAAGCUCCUAAAAGCAUUACCUAAUUCCAUUAGAGAAUUGUGCUCCCUACGAGAACUCAAAAUCUCGGGAACAAACUUAAGGGGCUUUGAGAACGACAUUUGUCAUCUUGUAGCUAUCAAUGAAUUGACAAGUUCAUCUUCCGAGUUGUUUGGCUUGUGCGAUCAAUCUCACAAAGCCAUAAGGCAUCUUCACUUGAUUGAUGCUGCGAUUGAGGAGUUGCCCGAUUGUGUUGGCAGGAUGGAAAACCUUGAGGAGCUACUGCUAGAAUGUGAAAUGCUUAGAGCUUUACCCAACUGGAUUGAGCGAUUCUCCAAGAAACUUACUGAAUUGGAGAUUAGAAGCAAGCUUCUGAAAACUUUGCCCGACUGUAUUGGAUCACUCAAACAGCUUACAAAAGUGACUCUGGAGUGUGAUAACCUCAGGGCUUUGCCCGACUCGAUUGGGUCACUAGAAAAGAUUUUGUGGUUGGAUUUGGACUGUGAAAACCUCGAAGCUUUACCUGAUUCAGUUGGAAGGUUGAGCAAUAUUCGUACCCUUGAAAUUUUAUCUGACAAUUUGAAAGCCCUACCAAACUCGAUCAUGUCACUAGAAUGGGUUGAACGCUUGCAUCUAUAUUGCUUGAGCCUGGAGGCUAUACCUGAUUUUAUUGGAGGAUGGAAGCAUCUUCAUGACUUUUAUGUGUUGUCAAGUAGUCUUAAAGCUCUACCUGACUCCAUUGGGUCAUUGAAAGGGGUUAGAGUGUUAAAGUUGAAGUGCAAAAACCUCGAGAUGCUACCUGAUUCCAUUGGAGAAUUAGAACUCCUUUCGUACUUUGAAGUGUUCUCCCAUGGUCUCAAAUAUUUGCCCAACUCCAUCCGCUCCCUGACAAGGAUUGAGUUCUUGAUACUAGAGUGUGUGAACCUUGAAGCUUUGUCUAACUCUAUGGAAACAUUGCAAAGUCUUGUGCAUUUAGGAUUGCAUUGUGACAAUUUCACAGCACCACCUGAUUUCAUUGGACGAUUGGAAAAUCUUAUGGUCUUCUCGUUCAAGAGCAAGAACCUAAAACACUUGCAUGCAACAACUUGUGUGUCCUUGGGAAGACUUAAGCAGCUAUCAUUGAGUGGUUGUGAGAACUUGGAAGACUUGGCAGAUGCCUCUACUCAACAAUCAGGUUUCGCUCACCUCACAUCCUUACAAUCGCUUUAUUUGGUGGACUGCAAGAGGCUUGAGUAUCUUCCUCAACUUCCCUCUUCUCUUUUCUUGCUUGACGCUUCUAGAUGCAUCAGUUUGAGGAAAACAUCAGAGGUUUCAAACUUGACGACUUUGACGAUUUUGAACUUGGGUUGUUGUAAGUUGCUUGAAGAUGUGCCUGGCCUCGAAAAUAUUGCAACCAACUUGAAAGUAUUGGAACUGCCUGGUCCCUGUGGUUUCACGGAAUCUUGCCAUCUUCGUCAUGAUUUCAAAAAUAAAGUGUCCAAGGAGAUAACUUUUGAAAACUUGAAAAGCUUCAAGAUGUCUGGGUCUCUGGUGGAAGGAUCUGCAACAGGACAGCAGCAGCUGCACUUCAUCCUCCCAAAAUUUCCGUUUAGUUGGUUGAGAAGAGCACGGCUGUACUUACACCUAGACAAGGUCCUCUCACCCAUCCACAUAGCGAUCAUAGCCAAUGACAUUAUUGUGUUUGAGAAAAUUGCUGAAGUCGAGGGCGAUGGACUCAAUUUGGACUUGAGUGAGGAGAGCAUUGUGAGCACAGGGCAAGGGGAGCAUUGCUAUACCAUACAAGUGACGGUGGAUGUGUCCCAACUGCAGAAUGUCUGGGCACUUAUCGAGAGAUCGAGUUAGUGCUGGUACUAGCUAUCAUAGGAUUUGUAGUAGAUGGAAAGUGCUUGCAUUUGGAAGGCCAACCCUUCCCAAGGAAAACCAAUCCGAUCGAACACUCUGCACGACCAUUUUUGUAACCUGCCAAAUCGUAUAUCACAAGUGAGUUCUCCUUCCCAAAUGGUGCUUUCAUGCCGCCGAAGCAAGAAAUAGCAUUGAAGUCGAUCCACCAUUCUCUUUUCUUCAUUUUCUUUUCUUUUCUUUUUUUGACUUUCAUGCCUCAAGAGUUUCAAAUGUCUACUGCCUACCUCGAUUUUUAGUAAAUGGUCACUUUUAUCAGCAUUGUCUAUGUACUUUUCCAUGGGCCCAACAUUCUUUUCUUGGAAUAUUAUUUUUUUCACAUAGGAGUUAUUGUUGAACCUGUUGAGUUGAUGAUUGAAGUCCAGACUGCUACUGUUAAGACGAUUA